UCUCUACUGCAACAACAAAACUUGGAACAGCAGUAUCUGCAGCCAGCGUCAGAGUCUGCUUGCUGCUCUUCACUCAGCAUGAAGAAUAUUACGCAACUCCUUUGUGCAGCCUUGCCAUGGCUGCUGUUUCUGUUCACUCCCAAAGGGUUUUGUGACCCAAGGGUUGAUUGCCAGUGGGGGUCAUUCAGUGAUUGGUCAGAGUGUGAUCCCUGCACCAAAUUACAGGCAAGAAGCCGUGUCAUAGCUGUUUACCCUCAGUUUGGAGGGAACCCCUGCAGCGGAGGGCGGACCGAGACCAGGACCUGUGAAACCACACAAGACUGCCCUCUGUCGGAGGGAUGUGGAGACAGGUUUCGCUGUCGAUCAGGGAAGUGUGUCAGCCAGUCUCUGGUGUGUAACGGAGAUCAGGACUGUGAGGAAGACGGACAGGACGAGCGCGUCUGUGAGGUUCAAAAAUGGGUUUUGUGCACCAAAAGUAGUCUACCGCCUAAAAUCGAAGAGAUCGGACAAGGGUUUGACGUGGUGUCGGAGAAGCGGAGGGCCAAUGUCAUCAACACGAGGAGCUUUGGGGGCCAAUGUCGCACCUUUUACAGCGGUGGUGACAACAGCGUCUACAGAUUGCCUCUUAGUACCAUCAAGUACAGCUCUGUGGUCAAAGCUCAGAAUGACUUCAGUGACGAGAUGUUCUCCAGUAAAUGGCACUAUGCCAAGGACAUUGUAAACAGACAGACUGUGAGAGGGACCACGUCGGGAUACAGGAACUAUGACUUCCACGAGACAGACGACAGGAGCCGGACCAACAAGCUUCUGGUUCUAAAGAAUGAGAUAGAGGUUGCUCAGUUCCAGAGCAACUCUCCUCAGUACCUCCCAAUAGCCGAGGAGUUCUGGAAGGCACUGGUCAAACUCCCGUCUGUCUACUACUACGCCGCCUACAGGAGCGUUUUAGAAAGGUUUGGAACACACUACCUGGCUGAGGGAACCCUCGGAGGAUCCUUCAAGGCCGUCGCCAGGAUUGAUCAGGAAACUGAAAGACAAAUUACCACAGAAAGCUCUCAGCACAAUGAAUGUGAAAGGGUCCAACACACCAUCUUCCUCUUGUUUUUUUCCAUCCGCUAUGAGACUGUGCACUGCCAGAGUGGGGGAAGUCACAGAUCAACGUCUUCAGGUAGAAGCAGCACUAAUCAUGUGUCAAGAGUGGAUGUGGAGGGAGGAGGCAUCGAGCAUAUAAAUUCGCUGAAGGCCAUGCAGCUCGAUGAUCCCGCUAAGAACUGGGAAAUGUACUCAAACUGGGCUGACUCUGUUCGGUCAUUCCCAAAGGUCAUAAAGCAACAGCUGCGGCCGAUCUCCGAGCUGGUGAAGGAGGUUCCCUGUGCCGGGGUGAAGAAGCUCUACCUCCGCAGGGCCAUAGAGCAGUACAUAAGCGAGAGUGACCCCUGCCACUGCCGGCCCUGCAGAAACAAUGGCAUGGUUUUCAUGGACGGUGACAUGUGCAAGUGCCUCUGUAAGCCUGGCACCAGUGGACUGGCCUGUGAGCUGGGAACUGAAGCGGAGGGUCAGCAGGGAGUGAUCCAUGGCAGUUGGGCCUGCUGGUCUGCCUGGUCAUCUUGCUCCGGGGGUCGAAGGUCAAGAAGUCGUUCCUGCUCUAAUCCCGCUCCUGUGAACGGGGGACAGCACUGUAUCGGAGAAACCUCAGAGACUUCCGACUGUGAAGACCAAGAUCUGCAUGAUCUGAAAACCGUUGAGCCUCAGUGCUUUAACUCGAGUCUCCCUCCACUCCAGAAGUGUGGAACCCCGCCUCCUCUAAUCAAUGGCUACAUCCUGGACCCAAAGGACAUUUACCUUGUGGGUAGUAAGGUUGAGUACAGCUGCACCAGCAGUUUGUAUCUUGUUGGUCAAAGCGUCCUAGAAUGCACUGCUGAUCAAACCUGGUCUGGCAGGCCUGGACUCUGCGCGGCCGCAGUUUGCAGACUUGAGAACCUCGGCGAUGGUGUCAUAGCCUCUCCUGUGUUAGAGGCCUAUUACAUAGGGAUGGUAGUGGAGUUGUCCUGUCCGGCGGGUAGACAGCUACUAGGAGAGUCAAUGCUUUCAUGUGACCCGAGUCUAAAUUUUUCACCAGACCCAGCAAGCAUCAAAUGCAGCCCAGCCAGUGCAGUUAGACAAGUAAUCUCUCCUGUGGUGGAAUGUAACCCAUGGCAGAAGUCCUCCAGAGGAACGUGUGUCUGCAAAAUGCCUUUUGAGUGCGGCUCAUCUUUGGAUGUGUGUGCCACCGCUGCCACCGGUAGAAAAUCCGUCCCUCUGACUGUGUGCAAAAUGCAUGCACUGCAGUGUAUGAGGAAGAAGUACAUGAUAGCUGAGGACGGCACAUGCAACUGGCCGGUGCGCAGCACGACGGGCUGCACCAGCUGUCACAUGUGGGAGACCUGCGACGAUCAAACCAACGAGUGUCGCUGCAGGGACUCUGCAGACUGCUCGAGCCCAGGAAUAAAUGUGUGUGUCCGUGUCGGGGAGGAUGCGACCGCAGCCAGUCAGACCAUGAGUGAGUGUGAGGCAGGGUUACAGCGAUGCAAAGGAGUAAACGUGACAGUUGUCAGUAUCCUGCCAUGCGCUGCCUGAGGAUGCGGGAGUAGGCUUUGACCUUAUGACCGUCUAUCACCACCUUCAUUUAUCAGUUAACUCUGUCUAACCCUUUCCUCAUACUUUUCCAGUGAAUUUGUGUUCUCUGCUUCAACUCAUUAUGAAAGUACAAUGUUAUGCAUGUGUAAAACUGUAAUGUAAUACUGUACUAAGACAAAGAAUGAAUAGCAAAACAACAGCCA